CCCUCCCCGUUCUGACAGCGCAGAAGGGCUGCGCCCCCUCCCCGCGCCGCUCCCGUCCGCGGACACGCACCCCGGCUCUCCCAGAUUUCUGAGUGAAGAUGAAUUUAGCGGAAAUUUGUGAUAAUGCCAAAAAAGCAAGAGAAUAUGCACUCCUUGGGAAUUAUGACUCUUCUAUGGUGUACUACCAGGGUGUCAUUCAGCAGAUCCAGAGACAUUGCCAGUCAAUCAGAGAUCCAUCAGUUAAGGGCAAAUGGCAGCAGGUCAGACAAGAAUUAGUUGAAGAAUAUGAACACGUGAAGAGCAUUGUCAACACUUUAGAAAGUUUUAAAAUGGACAGACCUGCAGAUAUCGCUGUAUCCUAUCAAGAUGAGCCUUUUAGAGAUCCUGCUGUUUGGCCUCCCCCUGUUCCAGCUGAACACAGGGCUCCACCUCAGAUAAAACGUCCCAACCGAGAAGUGAAACCUCUGAGGAAAGACUCACCCGGGCUGCAGCCUCGCGGGCCUGUGGGCAGAUCCAAGGGUGAGAAGUCUGCAGUCAGGGAAUCCAGAGCUAGAGGAAGAGAUGACAAGGGAAAGAAAAUAUCCCAGGAAGUUGGUGAUGGGGAAAUACCAAAAUUUGAUGGAGCAGGUUAUGACAAAGACUUGAUCGAAGCUCUUGAAAGAGAUAUUGUAUCAAGAAAUCCAAGCAUUCAUUGGGAUGACAUAGCGGACUUGGAAGAAGCCAAGAAAUUAUUAAGAGAAGCUGUCGUUCUUCCAAUGUGGAUGCCUGAUUUUUUCAAAGGGAUUAGAAGACCUUGGAAGGGUGUGCUGAUGGUUGGUCCUCCUGGCACUGGCAAAACGAUGCUAGCAAAAGCUGUUGCCACAGAAUGUGGAACAACAUUCUUCAAUGUGUCUUCUUCUACCCUGACAUCUAAAUACAGGGGCGAGUCAGAGAAACUGGUCCGCCUCUUGUUUGAAAUGGCAAGGUUUUAUGCUCCAACAACAAUCUUCAUUGAUGAGAUAGAUUCCAUCUGCAGCCGCAGAGGCACAUCCGACGAACACGAGGCGAGUCGCAGAGUCAAGUCAGAGCUGCUUGUGCAAAUGGAUGGGGUAGGUGGUGCUUUGGAAAAUGAUGACCCAUCCAAGAUGGUUAUGGUAUUAGCAGCUACAAAUUUUCCCUGGGAUAUUGAUGAAGCUCUCCGACGGAGACUGGAAAAAAGGAUUUAUAUACCUUUACCCACAGCAAAAGGCAGAGCAGAUCUACUUAAGAUUAAUCUUCGGGAAGUAGAACUGGAUCCUGAUAUCAGCCUUGAAGAAAUUGCUGAGAAGAUUGAAGGCUAUUCUGGUGCUGACAUCACUAAUGUUUGCAGGGAUGCUUCUCUGAUGGCAAUGAGACGACGGAUUAACGGCUUAACUCCAGAAGAGAUUCGGGCACUUUCUAAAGAGGAGCUUCAGAUGCCAGUUACCAAGGGGGACUUUGAGCUGGCUCUGAAGAAAAUCUCCAAAUCUGUUUCUGCUGCAGACCUGGAGAAGUAUGAAAAAUGGAUGGUGGAGUUUGGAUCUGCUUAAUCUCUAGCUCUCCUUUGCUAGAGUUUUACGGCUUGUGUUGGUUUCAGUUGCAAAAUGAGUUAGAAAUCUUUUUAAAGGUUUAAUAAAAGGUCUGCCUCUACCCUU